AUGAAAUGCUCUGAACCCGAUGAGGAGGAAUUUCCUUCAGUCAUGGGCAAAGGAAACGGCUUGAUGGAGACGAUUUUCAGGGCAUACGCUCAAGAAAUGAAUAUCCUUUUGCGACCUGAAGAUGUUUGGUACACUAUUGUAAGCCAAAUUGGAUUUUACGCCAAAAGCCAUGGUCAAGCAAUGCGCAAAUUUCUUGUCAACCAUGAUCGUGUCAAAACUCUGAAAGCCACUAGCACAGAGGCACAGGAUGUCGAGCGCAUCAAAGCUCGUAUGGACAGUCUCCUCGAUCCACGCCUUUGGUUGAUUGAUUACGAUAACACCAAAAUAGCUCAGAAAAUGGCAGAGCAAGAUGAAAAAGACCUGGAACCUUUUAUUGAUGAAGCACUGCGAAUUGAGAUGCUUCGUGGACGCGAGACUAUGACCGAGGAGAUUAGGGAGUUGAUUGAAGCAAACUCUCUCGCACGAGAGCUCAAGCUCCAAGAGAGACGUGAGGAGAGACUGCGCCAGCAAGAAUUUAACGAAAAAUUCAGUCAAUUGCGCCUUGAACUGUCAAAGGCAUCGGCCCAGAAAUUGCGCCAGUCAAUUCUUGACGGAGAAUUGGAAGAGGCCACCAAGGGCAUGGGGAAGUGCGCCGAUAUGAUCAAGGUCUUCAACAGUUUCGAUAAGCAGCUCAAAGAUUCCAUGUCUCCCGAGAUGCAAGAAUGGAUGACAACAUCCUUCACCACAAGCCGCGACUCUGAUAAAAUCAUUGCUCCGGUCCUCCUGAUGGGUACUGCGCAGGCUUAUCACAACUACAAGAUCGAAUCUAAAUGUGGAAUUGCAUGCUGCACCUUGGAUGGCGAGCUUUCUGAUUGGCAGCAGCUAGUGGAUAAGCUCACAAUGCUUCCCGCGUUUGGCGAAGAGCCUGCUCUAUUUGCUCGCCUUCUUGAACCCAUCCUCAAGAACUUUGUGAGAUUUUAUGCAAAUCCUCAUGCAGAAGACAUCCGUCAUUACUGGUCUACGUGCAUCACCAACUCGUUUGAGUGGGCGGACUGGCGGGAAGAGCCAAAAGUCGGCCCUUGGAUCUCUGGAUGGCUGGGCGCAUUCCGCAUGUGGGAUGAGAACGGCCUGUGUUUGUACAACUCCGAUGGUUGGAGAACCCCUUGGGUUACCUACCCCAAGUUUCCAGCGGGCGAUUUCCCUCCGGCAUGGACCAGCAUACCGUUCACCAUCACUAAACAGCUCGAGGAUUCAUAUACAGAUAUCCACGGCUUCAUGGUGGCUGGCUGUGUCGGUUCUAAAGUCAAUGAGAUUGAUGAUCCAAAUGACGUGGAACAAUACGACGAACAGAUUCAGCCUUUCCACAUGUGGUGGAUGCUUGAGGCGGACAGCGACUACGUCGAUGACCCCCAGUUUGAGGCGAUGGUUGAUGGCGAUAUCUGGCAUCUCCGCGGACCUCGCGCGGAACCAUUGUCAUGA